AGGAAUAGAUCUAAAAAUUUUCUAGGCAAUUUUAAAUUGAGAAAACUGAAAUUUAAAGAGAAAAUUUGGGGGAAAAUCGAAGUGUGAGAGAGAGGAACUACUUUGUUUUUCGGAGGCGCGAGCGUGGCGGGACACGCCUGUGCCAACAGCUGAUCGCAGGACAACAAACGAGAGGGAGCCUCGCAGGAACAAUGACGGAGCCUGCCUCUACCUCCUCCUCCUCCUCCUCGGGAGCCCCGGCUCUCGCCGAGAAGCGCUGCGACGAGGCCAAAGAGGACGAGGUGGCCGCUAAGAAACCCCGACUCGAGACCUGUGACCGAGACGACACGGACAACAAGCUGGAAGCUCGUCUGGGAGGCAUUUUGUGCUGCGCUGUCUGCCUCGACCUGCCUCGGUCAGCUGUGUAUCAGUGUUCAAAUGGACAUCUCAUGUGUGCGGGAUGCUUCACCCAUCUUCUUGCCGAUGCCCGCAUUCGGGACGAGACAGCCACAUGCCCCAACUGUCGUGUGGAAAUAUCUCGUUCCCUCGCCACAAGGAAUUUGGCGGUAGAAAAGGCUGUGUCAGAACUGCCAGCAGAGUGUCAGUUUUGUGGGCAGAAGUAUCCUCGGAAUUCCCUUGAUCGCCAUGAAGUUGAACUUUGUGAGGAAAGACCAGUGCAUUGCCAGUAUAAUGUUCUUGGGUGUGGGUGGCGAGGUCCACAUCACGAUGUUACCAGUCACGAGCAGCAGUGUCAGCACCCCUCGCACACGGGGGAACAGGUUUUCUCACACCUGCAAAGACAGGCGGAGACUGCAGAGGAGGCCUCCAAGACUUUCAAUCAAAUUAUGUCAGUACUUUCAUUUGAAAAGAUCACAUUUAAUGAUUUGCAGCUGAAACCUUACCGGACAGAUGAAUUUAUCCAUAAGCUGUUCUACGAGACAAGCCGGUUCUCGGCUUUAGGCUACCAGUGGGUGAUAAAGGCACGCCUCAAUGACAACCAAAAGGAUCCUCACCUUACAUGUAACAGAUUUAUUACGUACCAGUUGAUUGUGAAGAAUAAACCUAGCAGUCCCAUGACAGUUCACUUCAUGAUUCUUCGAGGGCCUUUCGGAGACAUGCGUGUCGAUCCACACAUAUGCCAGUUUGAAUUUACUGAAAGCGGCAGCGAGAGUCCCUUUUUUGCCUUGCCGCUGCCUGACAGUGCAGAAUGUAAUAAACUUCUGGCUGCCCGCAUUAUUGACUUCAGAAUGCGCCCAACUUCCCUUCAAGAAAAUAUGUUGAUGAUGGGCAUGGUUACCAAAUAAAAGGUUGGGGGUUCCCGGCCCUGGCACACUGUGGCACUACAGUGUAUUAAGAUGUUGACCCCGAGUAUGUGCCACGAUAUUCAUUGGCUGACCCCACCAUGUGUAUGCUCAAAAAACUCGCAUCAUCUUUUUUUUUUUUAAGGUAUAUUUGUUUAUAUACUAAAUCUUGGUGUUAGCAAUGCCAGCUGAAAAUAAUUUGUGUAUGAAAGAAAUAUAUAUAUAGUUUGUGUGGGCUUGUGUUUGUGUGUGUGUGUGUGUGUAAUUGCCUAAGUGUAGUUCCAGGAUGAGAGCCAUGAGCAUAGUGUGUGUGUGUGUGUGUGUGUGUGUCGUAUCAAGCUAAUUUUGUUCCAAAGAUUUUAAAUAGUGGAUUCACAGAUAUUCUUAAUUUAAUGAAUAAAAUACUUUUUAUUUUAUUUUAACCAAAACUAACAUAACAAUAUGACCUAAACUAAAUAGGCCUAUUUUUCCAAGUAUACCCUGAUAUAAUUAAAACUAAUUCCAAUUUAGUAAAUCAUUAAGUUGAUAUCUGUUAAUAUUAUUAAGGGUUGGUUAAUUUUUAAAUAUUUGAUAAUCACUGUUGGGCAAAACAAUACUUGGUUAUCAGGUCUAGCAGUGCUGUUCUAGCUAUUAGAUACGACAUUACUCACACACACAUGGUAUGUAAAUUUGAAUGCAUACUGUAUAUGCAUAUGCUUUAUAUAUAUAUAUAUAUAUAUUAUAUAUA